GGUUCUUCGGGCCAGGUCCCCGUCUGAUGGCUUUUAUGAAAAAAUACCUCCUCCCCCUUCUGGGGCUCUUCUUGGCCUACUACUACUAUUCUGCAAAUGAGGAGUUCAGACCAGAGAUGCUCCAGGGAAAGAAAGUGAUUGUCACAGGGGCCAGCAAAGGAAUCGGAAAAGAGAUCGCUUUUCAUCUGGCGAAGAUGGGAGCCCAUGUGGUGGUGACAGCGAGAUCAAAAGAAACUCUGCAGGAGGUGGUGGCCCACUGCCUGAAGCUGGGAGCAGCCUCCGCACACUACAUUGCUGGCACCAUGGAGGACAUGACCUUUGCGGAGCAAUUCGUUGCCAAAGCAGGAAAGCUCAUGGGGGGACUAGACAUGCUCAUUCUCAACCACAUCACCAACGCUUCUUUGAUGUUUUUUAAUAACGAUAUUCACCACGUGCGCAAGAGCAUGGAGGUCAACUUCCUGAGUUACGUGGUCCUGAGCGUGGCCGCCUUGCCCAUGCUGAAGCAGAGCAAUGGAAGCAUUGUGGUCGUGUCCUCGCUAGCUGGGAAAAUAGCUCAUCCCUUGAUUGCUCCCUAUUCUGCAAGCAAGUUUGCUCUGGAUGGCUUUUUCUCUGCUAUCAGGAAGGAACACUGGCUCACCAACGUCAAUGUGUCAAUCACUCUCUGUGUCCUUGGCCUCAUAGACACAGACACGGCCAUGAAGGAAGUUUCUGGUAAAAUCGAUAUGAAGGCAGCUCCGAAGGAGGAAUGUGCCCUGGAGAUCAUCAAAGGGGGAGCUCUCCGCCAAGACGAAGUGUAUUACGGCAACUUACAGUGGACCCCUCUCCUGCUGGGAAACCCAGGGAAGAGGCUCAUAGAAUUUCUCCAUUUAAGGAAAUUUGAUAUAAGCAAAUUAGUAAACAACUAGGAACUCCCUUAGGGUUGGGCAUGGUGAGGGAUCUUGAGACUGUUCUGCCCAAUAUUUAUGUGAGCUCUACCCGUGGAAGCAUCUUCACCGAGGGUUAACUAGGGUGUCCCCCAGAGACAUGCGGUUCACUGGUCACAUCUCACAACUGAAAUGAGUCCCUCUAACACUUGCGCAGUGGAAAUGUAAUUACAAUCAAUGCUAUGAAACACUGCAGCCUGCAGGUGUGAAACCGACAGUAACCAUAGGCAUCAUUACAAAAUAGUAACAUCAAAUUUACCUCUUAUAUAUAUAUAAUAUGAUGAUGCUUAGUACAAUAUUAAUUACAAUAAAGGUCACAUAAACUUUACACAUUCAGAACUGGUAGCUAUAAUUUGAGUUCAUUCAGUAUGAACCUUUCAAAAUCAUAAAUUUUACAAAUGAAAUUUUUUGAUGUUCAAGUCUUA